UACAUCAUUUUCUACAGGACAAGCAAAGCCAAUGCCACAUUAUAAAUGUCCAUCUCUGUAUUAACUUCUCAUCAAAACAAAAAUCACCGUCUGAAAGCAAAACAUGAACACUAACAGUGGUCUACUUUUGUUUCUCUUCAUCUUCUCUACCCUCCUCCACUCUUCUCUCUCUGAUCACUGCAAUCCAGAUGACAAAAAGGUUCUUCUCAAAAUAAAAAAGGCCUUUAACAAUCCUUACAUACUCGCUUCUUGGAACCCAGAUGCUGAUUGUUGUGACUGGUAUUGUGUCACUUGUGAUCUCACCACCCACCGCAUUAACUCUCUCACCAUCUUCGCAGGAGAUCUUCCCGGUCAAAUCCCCGCUGAAGUCGGUGAUCUUCCUUUUCUUGAAACGCUAGAGUUUCAUAAGCUAACCGGCCUUACUGGGCCUAUACAACCAGCCAUUGUCAAACUCAAGAACCUCAAAUUUCUUCGUCUUAGCUGGACAAAUAUUUCUGGCUCAGUACCAGACUUCCUUAGCGAACUUAAAAACUUAACAUUCUUGGAUCUUGCGUUUAACAAUCUUUCUGGCUCAAUCCCCAGUUCCCUUUCAAAGUUGCAAAAUCUUGGUGCUCUUCAUUUGGAUAGAAACAAGCUUACAGGUCCAAUCCCACAGUCUUUUGGUGCAUUCAGUGGCAAAGUACCAUCGCUCUACUUGUCACACAACCAACUCUCUGGUAAAAUACCUCCCUCUUUAGGCAACAUGGAUUUUGAGGUCAUUGAUUUGUCUAGAAACAAACUUGAAGGCGAUGCUUCGUUUUUGUUCGGGAUAAACAAGACAACAGGGCAAUUGGAUGUUUCUAGAAACUUGUUGGCGUUUAAUCUGUCAAAGGUUGAAUUUCCAACGAGCUUGACAUAUUUGGACCUGAAUCACAACAAGAUCUUCGGGAGUAUUCCAACGCAACUGACUUCACUGGAUUUACAAUUCUUAAACGUAAGUUAUAACAGGUUGUGUGGGCAGAUUCCGGUGGGAGGGAAGUUGCAGAGCUUCGACAAUUAUACGUAUUUUCAUAACAAGUGUCUGUGUGGUGCACCGCUUGAAAGCUGCAAGUGAGUGCAGUAACCGGAAAGCAGACGGCUUUAUAAUUAAAGGCCGAUGGAUCCAUCCGCAUCCUUUUUAUCUCUUCAUUUCCAGUCUAUUUAAACAUUGUGAUCAUAUCAUAGCUGUUCGGUGGAGCGGUCGUAUGAUUAAAAUAAUAAAACAGAACCAUGGAAUCCCUCUGCAAGGAAGAGUUUUACUGUUUAACAUCCAGACAUGAAAACAAUAAAAAAACUAAAAGAGGUUAUGUCUGAUAUGAAUUAUUGUUUAUUUCUCAUACUAGUAAGAAUGAUAUAAAAAAGAACCAUGGAAUUCCUUUUCUUCU